UAAUGUUGCCACUUUUCAGAUUUUAGUAAUUGAUUUUCAGAAAUGGCGGAGGGAAUGUUCAAGGUAUUGCUGUGGGUUUUUGUGGCAACGGUGUUUGCAGUGGCCGAAGGACAGCGCGUGCCUUGCUAUUUCGUUUUCGGAGACUCAGUUUUCGACAACGGUAACAACAAUGCCUUGAACACCUCCGCUAAAGUUAACUAUUCACCUUAUGGUAUGGAUUUUGUUAGAGGUCCCACGGGCCGGUUCAGCAAUGGCCGUAAUAUUCCCGACUUUAUCGCUGAACUAAUGAGAUUCAGUGAUUACAUUCCACCUUUCACCGGAGCAUCCCCGGAACAAGCUCACAUCGGCUUAAAUUACGCUUCUGGCGGCGCGGGAAUUCUCGAAGAUACUAGCUACCAUCUGGGUGGUAGAAUCAGUUUUAAAACGCAAAUAAAGAACCAUCGGACGGCGAUUAUGACUGCAAAUGUGCCCCCGGAGAAGCUGAAUCAAUGUCUAUACACUAUUAAUAUAGGAAGCAAUGAUUAUCUUAACAACUACUUCAUGCAAGGUGAUAAGUACAAUACACAACGCAAGUACACUUACGAUCAAUUUGCUGAUUCCCUGAUUCGACGUUAUCGCUCUUUUCUGAAGUUGUUGUAUGUCCAAGGAGCAAGGAGGGUGGCGUUGUUUGGGGUCAGUAAACUAGGGUGCACGCCGCGGAUGAUUGCCUCCCAUGGUGGGGGUAUGGGCUGUGCCGCUGAAGUGAACAAAGCAGUUGAACCUUUCAACAUGAAACUUAAAGCUCUGGUCAGAGAGUUCAACACUAACUUCGGCGAUACUAAGUUCACUUUUGUUGAUAUGUACUCCGGGCAAACUCCUCUUGCGUAUGCUUCCUUAGGGUUUGCUGUAACACAAAAGAGUUGUUGUACCGUCGAAUCAGGGGAAGAGCUAUGUGCGGCGGAUAAACCGGUUUGUGCGUUUCGAAACCGGUACGUGUACUGGGACAGUGUCCACAGCACUGAGAGGGCCAACAUGUUUCUGGCAAAGGCUGCUUUUGCCGGAAUCGUUGCUUUUCCUUACAGCCUUGCCUUGCUUGGAACAGUAUAGGGAUAAUAUAUACUCGAAACCAUUCAUUUUCUUUUGUUGAUAUAUAUAUAAGGGAUAUUUGUUUUUAACUUAAUUGUCCCUUUAUUUAACAAGGAAACUUUGUUUCAUUAAAAAAAAAACUCUUAAAUAUUAAUUUACGAACAAAAAUAUGUCCGUCACUCAUAUGUUGGAAAAUGAUCCGCGGUUUAGUCAGAUGGCUGACUUUUGUUUUUUUUUCAGGAAAACAACGAAAAAUCAAAUGAUCUAUUACUAUGACUCAGGUUUUAGAAUGGUAAUUUUAGCAAAGUGGAACUAGCUAUAAUGUGCCAACGUUAUUUUUUGUAAUCAUUGUUCUCCUAUUCCGUACAAACUAUAUCCACGAGAUGUUACAAAAAAAAAAACAAUAUCCAAGAGUUGAAGCCAUAUAUACUCAAUAAAUAAUACUAUUAGCAAGGCCUGAAAAGUUAGCAUUCGCAAAUAUAAUUGGUCUUAUUGAAUUUUAGCAAUAUAUUUUUGUUUCAGUUGUAGCUAACGCACAAACUUACUUUCCAUCAUUAAAUCUUCUGAUGGAUUGCAACGAUAGUCUUAAACAGGAAGGAAUUUGUUUGACAAACAACCCGUUCUAAGUCAAAUGCAUUAAGACAUACCAUAUGUUGAUAUAGAGAAAGUCAGAUCUAAAUCCAAUAUAUACUACAUAGUAAGCAAAAAUAUAAAGUGUAAUUAUAUAUGUGUAAAUUUGUUAAUACAAAUCAAGAAUCACACCAACAGUAGUAGAAUCCCUACUCGAAUCCUUAUUCAAAUGGAAAUGAAAAUGCAUAGAUAUAUGAAUACUUGUGUGUAUAUAUAGAACCCUAGAUAUCUUCUUUUUUUUUUUACUAAGAGAACCCUAGAUAUCUUCAUAUAAAUGUUUCUUGAAGGCCUCCAUGUGAGCUACCUGUAGACACGUGGCGAGAAUCAGCGAGCCGUCAUCAUUUUUAUCAGGCAGUAGCAGAGAGCCCCCGUCUCCGUCAUGCGUGCAUGGUCCCAUGUGGACCUCCUUGCCCCACCCGAAAUCAAGGCCGUACAUCGGUAGAGUUAACCAGCUCACAAGUCCAAGGUUAGGGUUUCCGUAGAAUGGACCCUCCGUGCUUCCCAAGGCAUGUAUAUCUUGAAACGUCUUCAGAUCCUCGUGGUUUUUUAGAUACUCUAUCCCAGUCAUUACGUAUUCGUUUGUCA